AUGAAGGGCAUCAAGCUGCGCGGAGCGCCCAUGUACCUGGACAUGCAGGCCACUACGCCCCUGGACCCGCGUGUGUUGGACGCCAUGCUGCCCUACAUGGUCGACCAGUUUGGCAACCCGCAUUCGCGCACGCACAUGUACGGGUGGGAGAGCGAGGAUGCAGUCGAGAAGGCGCGCGGACAGGUGGCGUCCCUGAUUGGCGCCGACCCCAAGGAGAUUGUGUUUACAAGUGGCGCAACGGAGUCAAACAACAUGGCAGUGAAAGGGGUCGCGGGGUUUUACAAGGAAAAGAAGCGCCACAUAAUCACCACACAGACUGAGCACAAGUGCAUCCUUGACUCGUGCAGGCACCUGCAGCAGCGUGGCUGGGAAGUGACUUACUUACCGGUACAGCGUGACGGACUGUUGUCCAUGUCAGAGCUGGAGGCAGCAAUUCGGCCCGACACGGCUCUGGUCAGCGUCAUGGCGGUCAACAAUGAGAUCGGCGUGCGCCAGCCACUGGCUGACAUCGGCGAGCUGUGCCGCGCGAAAAAGGUGUUCUUUCACACUGAUGCGGCACAGGCAGUGGGCAAGGUGCCGGUGAACGUCAACGACGCCAACAUCGAUCUCAUGUCCAUCAGUGGCCACAAGCUCUAUGGUCCCAAAGGCGUAGGGGCUCUCUAUGUGCGCCGCCGGCCCCGCGUGCGGCUCGAGGCGCAGAUGAGUGGCGGCGGGCAGGAACGCGGGCUGCGCAGCGGCACAGUGCCCGCGCCGCUGGUGGUGGGACUGGGUGCUGCGUGCCAGAUUGCGGCGCACGAGAUGGCGGCUGACCACGCCCACGUGACACGGCUGGAGGCCCGCCUGCGGGAGGGCAUCACGGGGCGGCUGGCGGGCGUGCAGCUCAACGGUCCCGACGAUCUUGCACACCGCUACCCCGGCAAUGUCAACCUGUCGUUUGCGUAUGUUGAGGGCGAAAGCCUCAUCAUGGGCCUCAAGGACAUUGCGGUGUCCAGUGGCAGUGCCUGCACUAGCGCGUCGCUGGAGCCCAGUUACGUGCUGCGCGCGCUGGGCGUGCAGGAGGACAUGGCACACACUUCGAUACGCUACGGCCUGGGGCGCUUUACCACUGAAGAGGAGGUGGACCGUGCAGUGGAACUGACGGUGUCUCACGUUGGAAAGCUGCGGGAGAUGAGCCCUCUCUGGGAGAUGGUUCAGGAGGGCAUUGACAUCUCUCAGAUUCAAUGGGCGCAGCAUUGA